AUGAAGUACAAUGAUAUACAUGUGGGUAACACUUUCAAAAGAAAGGGGGAGAUGAAACUUAUACUUGCAAUAGGCAAAUUAGAAAGAAACUUUGAGUACAAAGAUUUUAAAUCCGACAGCCAGAGGUUUAUUGCCAAAUGCAAAGACAAGACAUGCGAGUGGCGUCUGCGAGCAGUUCCCUUAGAUUCUUGUGGGUGGUGGAAACUCACAGUUGCAAAAGAUGUGCAUACUUGUGAAAGCAACAAAGGGACUGACCCUGAAUUAAGAACCAAAGCGGCCGCUACUGGAAUUGCAGAGCUUUUCAAGCACAAAUUCAAAGAACUAGAUACGGCCUUUACGCCCAAACAAAUGGGAUACAGCGCUUGCAAGCAUGGUAUUGAGCUGAUCAAAGGUAGCCCCGAUGAAUCGUACCAACACCUCGUUGGUUUUAGUCACAUGCUUGGUGCUCGUAACAAGGGUACUGUUACCGAGAUUGUAACUGAUUCAGAUGAUUCUUUUCUAUAUUAUUUCUUUGCUUUUGGAGUAUGUAUUGAAGGAUUCAAAAAUUGUUUCAGACCCGCAUUUGCGGUUGAUGGUACACAUCUUACAGGGACACACCAAGGAGUUCUACUGUCAGCAGUUGGAAUGGAUCCCGACGAGUCGAUCUAUCCUAUUGCUUUUGUUGUUGUUGAUUCAGAGAAUAAUUAA